CCAGCCAAGAGAACCACGGGGGAACAGCAGUAGGUAACAGUUCGGUGGGAACAUUGACCGGUGUGGUACAAUGCUGCGAUGUCAUUAUUGGGAUUCUCAUGCGCGAGUGCCAUGCAUGUACACAUCUUCACGUUCGGGAUGGAUGGUGGCGAAAUUGCGAUAGUGAUCGUAGCACGGUUUGUAUUCUUGGAUGUCGUCACGGACAGCAUUGUAUAUGUACAUUGGGAUGUUCAGUGCUCUUGUCCUUCGAGAUCAUAUAGGAACCAAUGAGCCACACAGUGACCAGAGCGAUGGAGAGGAAGAGUGCAGUGGUAAGUUCGACCUUGGAGAACGAGCCAGUAAGGUCCCCCUACGUUUAUAAUGUAUGUAGACAAGUCAUUAGUUUGAGAACGCUCUGUUUUAUCUGUCGUUGAUGACAUUGACGCUCGUGGUUUGGGAAGAAAAGAGAGAAGUGGCAAAAAGGAAAACUAAAAAGGAAAACUGCAGCACUCAGGAUUCCCAUGUAGUCCCCUACCAUGGUACUAACUAAGCGGUACUCGGCUUAACUUCG